CAAACAAUUCAAAGGAGAGCAGCAGAUAUUUUUCACCAUAUGAAGAGGAAAAAACAGGCUUUAAAAGGCUGAUUUAAAGUCACUAUUACCCCUUUGAUGUAUCUUGUACUGUUUUCUGUGUUGGCCUGUUUACUGACAUGUCAUUGUUUGGUCGAAAAGGGCGAGGAGAAUGAGAACCACUGUGGUUUCCUGAAACAGGGGCGUGAAACUACAUCAGUGUCCGUAGAGAUCAGCAACAAAGGUUUUCACAGAGAUGUGGUAACCACUGUGGAGCUCAGCCCUGAUGGGCUCAGUGGUGUCACAGUUUUGCUGGUUCACAGAUGGCCCAGUGGUGUCUACGUUGAUCCAUACCAGCUUGCAUCCCUAAGAGAUCACAGUGAUUGGCAGAUAUUACUAGAUUCAGCCAUUGACCUAGAGGUGCCUGCUCACAAGACUUCAGGAUUUGUCACCUAUGUGUAUCCCACCCUCAAUGAACAAACCCCUGGAUUGAUAAAAGUAUCAAUUCCAAUACAUGGCCGCUAUCAUGAGCCCUCAUUUGUUGGGGAAACUUUCACAUCUGUUCAAAUAGAACCUCCAGAACUGCUGCUGCGGACAGAAAAAUGUACACAGCUGAACGACUUAAAGCCUCAUACAGUCGUGGACGCCCCCUGUGCUGCUGACAAUUCAAGCACAUGUCGUUGGGUUAAAAUCCAGCAUCAGCAGGAGAGCAGCUAUGUGAGUUUACAGUUACCGGUUGGCGACGGGUCUUUGGUGACGCAUGUAUGUGGAGGAACUCUUCUAGUCACAAUGAUCUGCUGUGCUGCACUUUCCAAAUUCAUAUUGAAACAUCAAAUCGUUUAAAACAGUGAUGGUCAGUUUGAGAUGUUAAGUUUAAAAGUGUUCAACAUGUAUUAAAUUCAACAGAAUCCAGAUAACUCAGGUAGUGUGUUUCUUAGGACCAGCUACGGUUAAGCAAACAUUUAUUUUAGUUACUACUUUUUUUGUACAACAGUGACCAUUCUUAUAAUCCUGACUCUGAAGUCAGAAUAAAGCCCAGAACAUACUGAAAGAUAGUUUAUUUACUUAGUGUGACGCACUUAACUCAAGAGCGUCUCCUGUCACCACCUUUCACAAUGUUAGGAAAUCCUUUAUCCCAACGGCAAACAAUGUUUUACAUAUAA